UCCAUCUGCACAGCAUUUUCUAUCCAUCAAGUUGAAUACCUCCAAUUUUUUGAUCUGGAGAAAAUAAAUUACUCCCUUCUUAAAAGGUCAAGGCUUAUUUGGGUUCCUCGAUGGUUCUCAUCCACAGUCCAUCGAUUCUAUUGCCGUUGCUGCCUGGCAACAACAAGAUGCCCAACUCGUAAGCCUUCUCAUUGCUUCAUUAUCUGAAGAUUUGGUUCCCCUUCUUUUUGACAAAGAGACCAAUUUUGAGUGCUGGAGUAUUCUUCAUGAAGCUUUUGGUUCAGCAUCUCCUACCCGACUCAUGUCUCUGCAUCUGGAGUUGCAGAAUCUUCAUCAAAAAUCAGAUGAGACCAUCACCUCUCUGCUCUGACGUGCAAAAGCUGUGGCUGAUGAACUUGCUGCAUCUGGUAAUGCCCUCAAGCCUACUGAAUUUAAUCUACAUGUGCUGCAUGCUUUAUGUGAUGAUCUACAAGAUGCGGUCUCUGGUAUUCUUAAUCGACAUACUCCUCCGACAUAUACUGAACUUCAUGGGCUAUUACUUAGCCAUGAAAGCAUGCGGACAUUCAGAAAAUUAACCAUUGCUGAUACUACUACCAAUCCUUUCGCCAAUACCGCUUAACGGUCCCCCCAUUCUUCUACUAACCUUAGGCCCUCUAUUGGCCGUGGCUUUAAUCGAGAUCAUGGGGGGCAUGAUAGGUUUGGUCGAGGUCGUGGUCGUUUUGGUUCACCUGAUGGUCGUGAUUCUCAAUGGUACUCCUUUUGCAAUCGUAACAACCACUCUAAUGCCAUCUGCUUCUAUCGUCCUUAGCAACCCUAUCUAUAUUCACCACAACCCAAUGUAAAUUUCUCAUAUUCACCAUACCCAAAUCCAAAUCCAUCUCACCAUCACCCUAAUCUGCCACUUCUUCCUAUCCCUCACCCAUCCACCGCCCUCACCUGGUACCCUGAUACAGGAGCAUCUCACCAUGUUAUUUCUGACAUUCAUUCUAUGUCCUCCUAUGCUGAGUACACUAGUCUUGAUCAGGUGCAUGUAGGCAAUGGUAAGGGAUUACAUAUAUCACAUAUUGGUUAUAGUUCUUUUUCUCCUCCUCACUCUUCUCUUUCUUUUCAAUUAUUUAACAUCUUACACGUUCCCUCUAUUUUUAAAAAUUUACUUUCCGUGCAACAAUUUUUUUGUGAAGGAUCGAACCACCAAGACCACAGUAUUAUCCGGUCCGAGUGAAGGAGGAUUAUACACUCUUCAUUCCAGCCCUUCUUCUUUGUCCGCAUCUGUUCACAUGGCCGAGAGCACCACUCUUGAUGGCUGGCACAACCGUUUGAGCCAUCCUCAUUAUCGCUUGCUUCGCUCCAUGGUGAAGACCAAUAAUCUCCCCUGUACGUCUACAUAUCUUCUUCCUCUUUGUCCCUCGUGUCAGUUAGGCAAGUCCAGUAAGUUGCACUUAUCUCCGUCCCAUCGUCGUAGUCAAUUUUCAUUAGACCUCAUUUAUAGUGAUGUUUGGGGUCCUUCUACUCCAUCUUUGUUAGGACACCGCUAUUAUGUAAUUUUUGUUGAUGAUCACAGUAAAUAUAUUUGGUUCUAUCCAUUAAUGCGCAAAUAUGAUGUAUUCUCUAUUUUCUUACAAUUUCAAGCUUUGGUUGAACGACAUUUCUCUCGUACUAUUAAAUCAAUCCAAACUGACUGGAGAGGAGAGUUUCGCUCUCUUUCUUAAUUUUUUAGUAAAAUUGGCAUUACUCAUCGUAUCGCAGCUCCCCACACCCACGAGCAACAAGGGGCUGUUGAAUGUUGUCAUCGUCAUAUUACGAAAAUCGGUCUGUCUCUUCUUGCUCAUGCACUGUACCCAUGUUGUACUGGUACUAUACCUUUGAAAUGGCUGUAUUUCUUAUUAAUAGGAUGCUAUCUAAAGUCUCUAGUGGUGUGUUCCCCUUCGAACUCGUUUAUAAUAAACCACCAUCCUAUGCUUUUCUACGAAUUUUUGGGUGUCUAUGCUUUCUCUUUUUCGUCCUUACAAUCGUCAUAAAAUGGAGUACCGCUCUCAACCGUAUGUGUUUCUCGGCUAUAGUCCCUCUCAUAGUGCCUAUCGAUGUCUUGAUGUGAAAACAAAUCGUACAUAUAUUGCUAGACAUGUUUGCUUUGACAAAUCUAUCUUUCCUUUUCAAUCUCUCUCCAUUGGAUUGUCCACCACCACCAUUUUUCUCUUCCCUGCCAUGGGGUGUUACAUCACUUCGACCUCUACAAGAGGCCAACCCUCCACCAUCCAUUCCUCCAUCUCCUUUGCCCCAGUUGUCCACCUCACCAUCAGGUUGCAUCCUCCAUGUCUCGGUCUGCCCCAGCACCUCCCAUGACCGUUCUCCCUUUCAGCCCCUCUAGUACUACAGACUCUGUACCUGUUCGGACCAGAUUACUUACUGACCCCUAUUGCAAUCCCUUAUCCACAAAGUCCUCCCUUCCUACAUCUUCCCCCAUGACAAGUUCCCAGCAAGACACAACCUCCUCUAAACAACCUACCCAACCCAUCCGUACACAUUCCAUGGUGCUUCGACCCCAUCCCAAACAACCAUCCGCCCUCACUAGCACUAUCCUCACCAUAGAACCUACUUGUUAUACUCAGGCAUCUAAACACUCUGUGUGGCGUGCUGCAAUGACUGAGGAGUUUAAUGCUUUAGUUCGUAAUGGUACGUGGUCUCUUGUUCCGCGUUCAUCUCAACAAAAAAAUUUAGUUGGAUGUAAAUGGAUGUACAGGAUCAAGAGAAAGGCUGAUGGCUCUCUCGAGCGCUAUAAAGCAUGCUUAGUUGCAAAAGGGUUCCACCAGUAGCUUGGUCUUGAUUACAAUGAGACAUUCAGUCCAGUUAUCAAACCUAUCACCAUUCGGGCUGUUCUAAGUAUUGCCAUCUCUCAAGGUUGGUCCAUCAAGCAAUUAGAUGUUCAUAAUGCUUUUCUGCAUGGCAACCUGACAGAGGAAGUCUACAUGUCACAACCUCCAGGAUUUGAAGAUCGUGACCAUCCAGAUUAUGUCUGUCAUCUCCACAAAUCUCUAUACGGGUUAAAACAAGCACCCUGUGUCUGGUUUCAUCGUCUCUCUGAGUUUCUUCUCGGACUAGGAUUUGUUGCCAGCAAGACUGAUUCGUCAUUAUUUAUUUUGAGGACGAACUCUCAUGUCCUCUAUGUGCUCAUCUAUGUUGAUGAUAUUUUGGUAACUAGCAAUGACUCCAGUCAGGUCUCUCUACUUCUUCGUCAGUUUGCUACAGAAUUCUCCAUUAAGGAUCUUGGUGAUCUUCAUUUUUUCUUAGGAAUUGAGGCUGUUCAAAACUUUACCGGAUUAUUAUUAUCUCAAACCCGCUAUAUUAGAGAUCUUCUUUCAAAAGCAGGCAUGAUUGAUUGUAAACCUGUUCAGACCCCAAUGGCCAUGACACAGGGUUCUGAUUCAGGGGGUGCUCCUUAUCCAGACCCUACACAGUAUCGCUCCAUUGUUAGAGCUCUUCAGUAUGUUACAUUGACACGUCCUGACAUUUCUUUUGCAGUGAAUAAAGUAUGUCAGUUUAUGCAGUCUCCUAGUUCUGAUCACUGGGUUAUGAUCAAGUGCAUAUUACGGUACCUUCAAGCUACAGCUGAUCAUGGGUUACAAAUUCAGAGAUCGUAAACAGAAGAUAGUUGCUCGAUCAUCCACAGAAUCUGAAUACAAAGCCUUAGCAGAUGCAUCAGCUGAACUAAUCUGGCUUGAGUCAUUAUUUCAAGAACUUGGCUAUCCCUUACAUGGCCCCUCCAUUCUAUGGUGUGACAAUAUUGGGGCCACUUAUUUCUCGAUCAAUCCUGUCUUCCAUGCUCGCACGAAGCAUGUCGAAAUUGAUUUUCAUUUCGUUCGUGAGCAUGUUGCACGACAUCAACUAUCUGUUCAGUUCAUCUCCACCCAAGAUUAGCUUGCCGAUAUUCUCACCAAGCCUUUGGGUACCUCACGUUUUAGGUUCCUAAGGGACAAGUUGAAGAUUCGUGAUCCUGACUCUUCAUCUUGAGGGGGUGUGUCAGCACAUAUUCAUUCCACCUCAUCACUCUACUUUUGGCAUAUACUCUUAUUUGCUUUUUCUCUAUGUUUAGUAAAUCAAUAUAUAUUCAUAUUUAGCCUGCACAUCUAUUUUUGGUUUCUCUUUAUUUAGCAAUUCUACUUUUAGUUCUUUGGCCUUACUGAGUAUGUAAUCAAGAUGUUCCUUUUUCUUGUAAUUAUUGUAAUUGCUGGCAUUGUAAUCUACAAAUACUUCUAUUGGAGAUCGAUGAAAUCAAGGUGUGAAAAUCAGAAAUUAUCCUCAAUAAAGAAAUUACCAUUGUCAAUACUCAUCACCAGUAUUGAUGGUGCGAAAGAAGGAUGAAUCUUGGAGGAUGUGCAUUGACCACAGAGCACUCAACAACAUAACCAUCAAGGACAAGUUUCCAAUCCCAACCAUAGAUGAGUUAUUGGAUGAGUUACAUGGAGCAGCAUUCUUUUCGAAGCUUGACUUAAGGUCAAGCUACCAUCAAGUUCGAGUGCAUGAAGAAGACAUUCACAAGACGGUCUUUAGGACUCAUGAAGGUUACUUUGAAUUUUUAGUUAUGCCAUUUGGACUGACUAACGCCCCCUCUAUUUUUUAGAGUCUUAUGAAUGAUGUCUUCAAGCCCUUCGUACGAUAGCUCGUCUUAGUAUUUUUCAAUGACAUUCUUAUUUAUAGCCAUACUUGGGAAGACCAUCUCUUUCACUUGGAGGUAAUCCUUUACACCCUUCGGCAGAAUAAAUUAUUCAUCAAAUAGUCAAAGUAUUCUUUUGGCAAGAAAUAGAUGUAGUUGGGGCAUAUCAUGUCUCAGGAUGGAGUAGCAACUGACGCUUAAAAGAUCAGUUGUAUGUUGGAAUGGCCGAUCACCAGAAAUCUUAAAGGAUUGCGAGGCUUUCUUGGUCUUACUAGGUACUAUUGCAAAUUCAUCAAGGAUUAUGGCAAGAUUAGUGCCCCACUCACAGCUCUCUUAAAAAGGGAUUCUUUCCAAUGGAGUGAGGGGGCAGAGUCAGUCUUCAAUGAUUUAAAGCAAGCUAUGAUCUUGGCUCCAGUCUUGACCUUGUCAGAUUUCUCAAAGGAGUUCAUUAUUGAGAGUGAUGCCUCGAGCAUAGGUAUUGGAGCUAUCUUGAUACAAGAAGGGCGACCAUUAGCCUUCACCAACAAAGCCCUCUUCGAAAAGCACUUGAGGCUACCAACUUACGAGAAGAAAAUGAUGGCCGUACUACAUGAUGUCCAAAAAUGGCGACAAUACUUGAUGGGGAGACAUUUCACCAUUUACACUGGUCAUUGCAGUCUUCGAUACUUGAUGGACCAACGAUUGUCUUCUGAGGUACAGCAAAAGUGGACAACCAAGCUUUUGGGUCUUAGCUAUGAAAUCAAGUACAAAAAAGGAGCUGAAAAUUCAGCAGCUGAUACAUUAUCUCAAAAAAUGGAGGCUCAACUACUUGCCAUCUCGCGACCGCUUCCUAGUUGGGUUCAACAAGUUUAAGAAGAAACCAAGUAUAAUGAAUCUCUACAAGAUAUCAUCCGAAGGAUUCAAAAUAAACCAAACAAGGUACCUAAUUACACCUUCAAUGGAGGGCUUCUUCGCUACAAAGGCUGGGUGGUUUUAGGUCCUAACUCUGAAUGGAAGAAAGAAGUGCUCAAAUUACUCCAUAAUACUCCUGAAGCAAGUCAUUUCGGCUUUUACAAGAUAUAUAAGAGGGUUACCAAAACCUUCUAUUGGAAGGGCAUUAAGAAGGAUGUCAAGAGGCACGUCGCUUUAUGCGAUAUUUGUCAAGGAAUAAAAGUGAGACGACAUCACCACCAGGAUUUCUACAACGAUUACCUAUUCUGCAGUGCAUUUGGUCAUAUAUCUCUAUGGACUUCAUUGAUGGACUUUCAGUAUCUCAUUGAAAAACAACUAUAAUGGUUGUCGUUGAUUGAUUCUCUAAAUAUGCACAUUUCAUCCUAGUUGCCCACCUUUACAAGAACCCCCAAAUUGCACAACUAUUUGUGGAGCAUGUGUUCAAACGACAUGAGAUGCCAACUUCAAUUGUUAGCGAUCGAGAUCCAUUAUUCACCAAUUCUUUUUGGAAGGAGCUAUUUAAACUCCAAAGAACCAGACUAGCUAUGAGCUCGUCAUACCAUCCUCAAUCAAACAGCUAGACAAAAGUCGUUAAUCGUUGUUUGGAAUUUUACCUUUAGGUGUUUUGCAGGACAACAACCUAAGGCAUGGGUCAAGUGGCUUUCGUUAGCCGAGUGGUGGUAUAAUACAAGCCAUCAUUCUUCCACCAAAAUGUCUCCAUACAAAGCAGUUUAUGGGCAGACACCACCCACAGUGCUCUCCUACAUUCCAGGGACCACCGACGUAGAUGCAAUAGAGCGAGAAUUAAACGAUCGAGAUCGCAUCCUACGCUUGCUUCGGGAGAAUCUUAAUGAAGCUCAAGCUCGAAUGAGGCUAUAUGUUGAUAGAUACCAUUUAGAGGGGAAAUUUAAUGUGGGAGAUAUGGUAUAUCUCUGAUUACAACCCUAUCGACAGACUACUAUCACUAUUCGCAACAAUCUGAAGUUAUCUCCAUGAUUUUAUGGUCCCUACAAGGUUCCAGAGAAGAUUGGAUGGGUUGCUUACAGGCUUGAAUUACCUCUUGGAUCAAAAAUUCAUACUGUCUUUCAUGUCUCAUUUCUAAAGAAGAAGGUGGGCUUAAAUGAUGUAACAGUAUCACAACUAUCAGAUCUGAAAGAUGGUACACUAAACAUUCAACCCGUUGUUAUUUUGGACCGACGCGUGGAGAAGCACAAGCAUCGGAAUCAUGCUAUAAUUAAGGUGCUAGUCCAAUGGGCUCACUUGCCACCCGAGGAUGCAACUUGGGAAAGUUGGCACAAAUUGCAAGAGCGCUUUUCAGAUUUUCAACCUUGAGGGUCAAAAUUAAGGAGGGUGGAAUGAUACGAAUCUCUUUGAUUCAUUUCCCUUUUAAGUUUUUUUCCUUAAUUAUUUUGCUGGGGCCUUAAGAAAAGCUAGUUUAGGCCUCUUGAUCAAUUUUCUUAUCUUCUUGAUCCACUUCUUUAUUUAGUUUGCUUAUACUGCAAGAAAAAGACUGUCAUAGGCCUAUAAAUAUGUAACCCCUGGGAUUUUUUUGAAUCAAUCAAGAAUUAUUCUCCUUCCACCUAUCUUCUAUUCUCUCCCUUCUUUGGAGGUUUGAUCCCCUCGAAGUGAUCAACGGAGGCCUCCGAUCCCCUCGAAGUGAUCGGCAUCUCUCUGAUCCUUGGAUAUGAUCCGGGUUCGUAGCAUCAUCCGAAUCGGGUUUGUACCAAGAGCUGUGUGUGGUUCAGAAGGCAUAUGAGAAGCUAGAGAAUGAGAAAGAGGACAGUGGAGCAGUUCAACUGGAAGCUGAGAAGGA